AAUGAUGUAAUCAAAUAUUUCGGCAGAAGGACUAGUAUCCAUUGUUAGCAAUAAAAAUAUAUUGUUGUUCUGACAUCCAGGAGCGUUAAAAUAGAUCAUAUUUAUAAAAAAAAACUUAUUGUUUCUUUUUCUAUGUUGAUGGACAUUUCUCGAGCGACUUUAAUUUCCUUCAUAAAUAUAAUAUUAUAAUCGAACAGUCUACAUUCAAUUUAUAUUAUUUACUGCAAUUAAUAUAAAAAAUGUCCCAUACAAUUUUGUUGGUGCAACCGGGUCCGAGGCCCGAAACUAGGACAUAUUCGGACUACGAGAGCGUUAAUGACUGUAUGGAAGGAGUCUGCAAGAUUUACGAGGAACAUUUGAAGAGACGGAAUCCAAAUACUCCCACUAUAACAUACGAUAUUUCACAACUGUUCGAUUUUGUUGAUCAGUUAGCGGAUUUAAGUUGCUUAGUAUACCAAAAAUCAACUAACACAUAUGCUCCAUACAAUAAGGAUUGGAUAAAGGAGAAAAUAUAUAUAUUACUACGUCAAGCGGCUGGACAGAGUGAUUAAAUGUAGGUACAAUAAGUAACUUUAGCUGAUAAGAUGAUUCUUUUAUAUUUGUAAAAUUAUCCACAAAAUUCUAUUUCAUUUGUCUAUUAUUUACAUGUAACUUAAUAUUAUUAAUAAUCAGGAUCAAAAGAUUAGUGUUUCAACUUUAUUAAAAUUUACAUUAUUGUAUACCAGUUUCGUAAUAUUCCAACAAAAUGUCUCAAUUCCACAA